AUGAGCGCCAACAGAUUACAGAAGGAAUUCAACAAUUAUAUAAGAUGUGUUCGCGCUGCACAAACCGCCUCCAAGUCCCUGAUGGAUGCCGUGUGCGAGAUCUACGAGCCACAGUGGAGCGGCUACGAAGCCCUGCAAGCACAGACUGGCGCCUCGGACAGCUUGUGGGCGGACUUUGCACAUAAACUGGGGGACCAAAAAAAAGUUGAGAAGCGCAACCGAAAGCUGAUUGACUACGAUGGCCAGCGCCAUUCGUUCCAAAAUCUCCAGGCCAAUGCCAACAAACGCAAAGACGACGUCAAGCUGACCAAGGGACGCGAACAGCUGGAGGAGGCCCGACGCACCUACGAGAUCCUCAACACGGAACUGCACGACGAGCUGCCCGCCCUGUACGACUCGAGAAUACUGUUUCUGGUGACCAACUUGCAGACGCUCUUCGCCACCGAGCAGGUCUUCCACAACGAAACGUCCAAGAUAUACUCGGAGCUGGAGGCGAUUGUUGACAAACUGGCCACAGAAUCGCAGCGCGGCUCUAACACGCUCCGCAAACAGACAAGCAAUGCCAUCAAGACGUCGAGUCCAGUGCAGUCGCCGGUUAACAAGCUGAACAACGCCAGCAUCAACAGCACCAACUACCAGAAUCAAAUUACCACAAACGGGGGCUCCAGUCUGGCGAACAGCCAACCGACGCCGGAGUCGCCGUCGCCGCCGCCAAAUUUAAAGCAGCGCAUCAGUAGCAGCCCAGUGCCAAGCAGUCCAACGCCGGCGGAUGGGGUAAAUGGUGCGACGACCAUAAGCAGCGCCCAAGCAAUGGACAUUGCCGAGCUAAGCAGUCCGAAUGCCAACACGAAGAUCACAACCACCACACAGACAACGACAGUGACAAAGGCAGAGGAACAAAAAGCAGCAGGAGAGGGAGCAGCAGAAUCAGCAGCAGCACCCAUCCAGGUGAACGGUAAUGGCAACAACAAUCAAUCCCCGGCAAGCAGUGCCAGUGCACAGGCAAAGGAAAAGGAAAACAUCAGCAGCAGCACUGCCAGUGGCGGGGGCGGUGGAGGCAAGCAUCCCAAAGAGCUGCCCACAACAACAACGAAUGCCGAAGCAGCGGCCGAGGCGGCCGCCAAUAACGGCAACUCAAUCGAGGAGCACAAGCAGAAGAAAUUAGAGGACGAUGAGUGCAUCUACGAGGUUCCCAAUGGUGAGUAA